CAGACAUGGAGGACGGCGCCGUCCUCCAGAGUGACGGGAGACGCAGGUGAAGACGCACCAUGAGGCGCUCGUCGGUCUGGGCCGCGCUGCUCUUCCUCCUGAUUGACGGGGCGUCCAGAGCCUGCACAGUGAGGAGGUCGGGCAGCAGCGCUGGAAGGUUUGCCAACGCCACGCUGGUUCGCCUGUCCGAGUUUCUGAGCGCGGGCUAUAAGAAAGGCGUGAGGCCGGUGAAGGACUGGAGGACGUCCACCAUCGUGGCCAUCGACCUCAUGGUUUACUCCAUCCUCAACGUGGACGAGAAGAACCAGGUUUUGACGACGUAUGUGUGGUACAGACAGUCAUGGACAGAUGAAUUCCUGGUUUGGGACCCGGAAGACUUUGACGAAGUCAAACAAGUGUCUCUGCCCACGGCCAACGUGUGGGUCCCCGACAUCCUCAUCAACGAGUUCGUGGACGUGGGCAAGUCCCCGGACAUCCCUUACGUCUAUGUGACACAUAAUGGACUGGUGCGCAAUUACAAGCCCAUCCAGGUGGUCACGGCCUGCACCCUCAACAUCUACAACUUCCCCUUCGACGUGCAAAAGUGCAGCCUCACCUUCCAGAGCUGGCUCCACACCAUUGACGACAUCAACAUCACCCUGAUACGGAGUCCCGAGGAGCUGCGGGAGGACAAGAGUGUGUUCAUGAACCAGGGCGAGUGGGAGCUGCUCCACGUCCUCUCCAACUACAAGAACUUCAGCGUGGACUACAGCGACUACUACGCCGAGAUGAAGUUCCACGUGGUGAUCCGGCGACGGCCGCUCUUCUACACCGUCAACCUGCUGCUGCCCAGCGUCUUCCUCAUGGUGAUGGACAUCGUGGGCUUCUACCUGCCGCCGGACAGCGGGGAGAGGGUGUCCUUUAAGAUCACCCUGCUGCUGGGCUACUCCGUCUUCCUCAUCAUCGUGUCGGACACGCUUCCCGCCACCGCCAUCGGAACCCCGCUGAUAGGCGUCUACUUCGUGGUCUGCAUGGCUCUUCUGGUCAUCAGCCUCACCGAGACCGUGCUGAUCGUCCGUCUGGUGCACAAGCAGGACCUGCAGCCCCCCGUGCCCCCCUGGGUCAAGUACCUGGUCCUGGAGAGGGCCCCGGUCCUCUUCUGCAUCCACAAGAAGCACCGGCUGUGCUCCCGGCUGUCCUCCCAGGCCUCCGACCUGGAGCGCUACAAGGACGGCAGCUACGGGACGGCUCAGUGCGGCCUCCACCACACCUGCGAGCUGGGCCGCCGGCUCAGCCAGCACGACCGGGAGGGGGGGCUGCUGGGCCUGCACCUGCCCCCGCCCAGGGACGCCGCCCCGCCCGUGAUGGACAGCAUCCUGCAGGAGGUGACGGCCAUCCGCUCCUUCCUGGAGAAGAGGGACCGGUGCCGGGAGGUGGCCAAGGAGUGGCUGCAGGUGGGCUACGUGCUGGACGUGCUGCUGUUCAGGGUCUACCUGGUGGCCGUGGUGGCCUACAGCAUCACUCUGGGAACCCUGUGGUCGGUCUGGCAGGUGGCCUGAGUUUUUCGCCGCCGUGCAUGCAAACUAACCCGAGCAGAAGAAUUCUGAACGUCUGAGUCAGUGGCUGCAUGUUCAGGGAGGCAUUCAGGUGUUCCCACAGGGCUCCGGUGGUGCAGGGUUGCUGCGUUUGCACAUUAGAAGGCUAAAACACCAGUUUGUUUCCUGUCAGAGAAGUCUGAAGGCAACGUGAGGGAGCCCAGAGGGGUCGGAAAAUCUCAUCAUGAGAAGAGAAGACAAAAAAUAAGACUGGAAGUAGAUUUUAGACAAAGGUUGAGAGUAAAUAUAGAAGACAGACUGUAGUCAUGAAUGCAAGAAUAAAGCUGAGGAUGUUCAAUCAGACGAAAACCUGUAUUAGAAGAUCAAAUGAAGGAUAUUCUAACUCUAAAGAUUUGCUGAAACAUUAAAUCUCUACGUAUGUAGAAAAAAAACUGUACAUAAAUCAAUAGAAAAUGUAAAUUAAUACUACACUCCCUGUAUUACAUGAAGUGUUUUGCUUUGUGUUACA